UGACAGAGUCACGAUGGUCAACGCCGUCUCCAUGGACAACGUGGAACACGCCUACGCAGUCCAGCAGCUACGSAAAAGUGGCAAGAAUGCAAAAAUUACAAUCAGACGGAAGCGGAAGGUGCAUGUACCCAUGGGUCGUCUGGGGGAGAGGGAGACCAUGUCGGAGCAUGAGGAGGACGAGGAGGACAGUUACGACGAAGAGAUAUACGAGACGCGCUCCACACGCAGCGGCCCCAGUGCCUACAGCGGCGUGGGAGGGGCCUCGGCCCGGCGCAGCGGGAGGAGCACGGGAAGGCGGGACCGGGACAGAGAGCGGGAACGCAGYGGCUCACGGGAGAGGAGUCUCUCCCCGCGGUCCGACCGGCGCUCRCUCAACCAACCCCCGCGGCCCGCCAAAGUCACCCUCGUCAAGUCCCGCAAGAAUGAAGGUGAGCAUCACAAAGUUGGGAUGGAGCCAAAUGUGCCGUUUCUCUAG